GGAUAAUAUAUUUUUAAAUGAGUUUUUUCAAAAACUUUUUGUCGAACAAAAACCAAAGAUACCCUACAGAGAGUCAAGGAACUAUUGUCUCAAGGGAGACUUUAGAGACAAUCCCUCGUACUAGAAGCAAUAGCUCUUGUAAUUUAGAUGGGCUUACUUCUAGUCGGAAAAAUCCUAAUUCAGAGAAGCUGAAGUAUUUAAACCUUGUCAAUCAAGAACUUAAUUCUGAAAAUGAGAAAUUGCUAAGUCAAAUUGAAGAUCUCAGGGUUACUAUUGCAACUAACAAACAUUUACUUGAAGAUUUCUGUAAUACUAACUCCAAGCUCGAAAGACAAGUGAAAAUUUAUGCAGCUCAGAUCCAUCACCUGACUGAGAAAUUGCGUGAGAAUAAUAUUAAUUAUGAUGAAGAAUUGAAUCUAAGGUGCGAUUCUAAGGAAAUAAUGAGAAGUAAUAGUCCUUCAGCUGAAGCUCCAUCCAGUACAUUGACAACUGAGCGAAUUACAAAAAUAUAGCCAAUGAUAGAUCCAAUUCUAUAUGAGAAGACACUCAAGGAAAAAGAGAAGUCAAGCAGAAGAGAGUAAAUAGAAAGCUUCAAGAAGCUUCUUCUGAUAGCUCUCAUAGUAAUAAAAUUAUCAGAUCAUACAGAACUGCCCAGGCCAAGGACCAAAAAUGCUAUUCUUCCUCUAUCACCCCUCAAAAGCCUUCACUUGAUAUAGAGAAGAUUGGCAUUUUUGAAGAGAACAAAUUAAAUGAAACUGAAGAACCAAUCUCUUUUAGAGAUAACAUCAUCUGUGAUCCAGAGGAUAAUCUAAACCUUGACUAUAAUAGUGACUUUGACUACCAAAAUCUAGAAGGAAGGUUCCACAACAGAGCAUUAGAGAUGAAGAGCUAUAGCCCUAUUGGCAAAAUACACCUAAAACGUCUUUCCAAGGAGUGUAAUACUGAAGAAAUUAUGAAGCUGUUUGACCAGGUUGAUAACCAAAUCUUGUAUGAUUGUGACUUACAAACAAAUAAACUUGUUUAUAUACAAGAUGCACAAGAUAGAAUAUGGGAAAUCAAGCGAAGUCAUGUAAUUAGUCCUAGACCUCUCACCUGCCUUUCUUCCCUCAAGACAGUUGAAUCUCCCCUAUCGGUAGAGAAGGAAGAGUUUGGGUUUGACCCAAAUAUGAAGAACAAGACCUUUAUACAUGAUUUCUCAAAACUGAGGAUAGAAAUCUCUCAAGAGGAGGGAAAUGAUGGCAAGGCUUUAAUAAUUUAUCACUAUAGAUCAGAACGGCAUUAACUCUGCAGAGCAGUCUUUAGAGAUAGAUUAUGAGUCGAUAAAGAGCUGAUUGAUAGGUACAAAGUCUUCUCCUUCUAGCCAAGUAGGGGCAAACAUACUUGAUCUGUAUUAGAAAUUUCGCCCUGAGCAACAUA